AUGAAAUUCGUCUCCAGCUUCCUUUUGGCCGCCACCGCGCUCGCCGCCGGCGUCCUCGCCGACUCCGAGGAGUUCUUCUUCCUCGGCCUGCGCACCGCCACCAAGUUCCACUUCUCCGCCAUCUACGCCCACGACCACGCCCUGAAGGUCAGCUACCAGGGCGGCCCCAAAGGCGACGCCCUCUCCGCCGUCAUCACCGACAGCGGCAAGCUCAAGCUCUCUGACGGCACCUUCGCCGUUGUCACCCCCGACGGCCCCGUCGUCGAGGGCUCCGAGGACCAGGCCUCCGCAGGCUUUGCCAUCGCCAACGGCUACCUCACCUACUCCGGCAACUCCGCCUUCGUCCCUGUCGCCAACGGCGACACCUACGAUCUGUCCGUCAAGCCCACCAGCGCCUCCCCCGAGAUCGCGAUCGGCAUCAGCGCCCAGUCGAAGGACACCCCCGGCGGGGUUGCCGCUGACUUCCCCCCCAGCUCUUAG